AUGCUUUGUUGCUGUGGCGCCUCUGAACUCCCUCAUGGACCCGACGAGCAGCUGAUUCCCGUCCAAAGCGCCCAUGGACCUCGGCUCAGCGAGGUGAGAACAGGGACGGAGGGAUGUUGGUCCUUCACCGUGGAGCUGAGGAGACACUAUGACAUGGACUUCGGGCUGGAUCUUUCCGCCGCGGGAAAGGUGUGUAUGGUGAAUGCUGUGCACGUGGGGCGCGCUGGACUGGUGGAUCUGUGGAACCAAAGUGUGUCGCAGAAGGGGAUGAAGGAGCAUGAGAUCCUCCCCUUCGACCGACUCAUGUCUGUGAAUGAUGAGACACCGUCCAAUGGCAAGGUCGUGGUGGAGCGGCUCAGAGAGGCCACGGGUGCAGUGACGCUGGUGGUGCAAAGACCCAUGCUGCGGAAGGUCUCGGUGCGCGGACCGAGCUGGAAGAGCUUGGGCAUCAGCGUGCAGCUCUUGAAGCCAUGUUUGUUGAUCACCCACAUUCACGAGGGCGUCUUCCUGGACCAUAACUCCUCCGCGCUGCCCGAAGAGGUGAUCCGAGUCCCCUGCCGGAUCUUCAGCGUGAACGGACAACGUGGGAGCGGAAGUGAGUUGCAGAAAGCGAUGCAAGAGGCCAGCAAUCACCUGGACUUGGAGAUCUUGCAUUAUGACUAG